AUGUUUAGACGACAGUUCCACUUGAAGAGGGUACCAAAGCUAUACUGUCAUGGUAUCAAGCAGCUUGACCUGGUUUCGUCUAUUCCAACGACAGACUUAUUGGUUAAACUAAACUUCAUCCAUCAACCACGGUCUGGACUUUUCAACUACUUGCCAAUGGGACUUGGUGUCUUAGACAAGCUCAAGGGAGUUAUAGAUGAGAGCAUGACCCGUGCGAACUUUGACAAGGUUCAAUUGGGACUCCUAUCUCUGCUGGAGUCAUGGCGUACCACUGGUAGAUACAACAACCCUGAACUCUAUAAGGUUCGGGGCGCUGGAGGGACUAAAGACGACUAUGUAUUGCUUGCUACUGCCGAAGAAGAUAUGACCCAGUUGAUCAAGCUGUUUGCUUUUGCCAGUCCCAAGGAGUAUCCUGUUUUGGUGUAUCAAAUCAAUGACAAGUUUCGAGAUGAAUUACGACCAAGAGGAGGGUUGCUUAGAGGCAAAGAGUUUGUUAUGAAGGAUGGAUACUCGUUUGAUAUCGAUGAACCUCUGGCAAUGAAGAGCUACAAAACAGUUACGGAAGCGUACCAUCGGAUCUUCAAAGCCUUAAAGACUCCCUAUGUGGUUGCUGAUGCUGAUACCGGAGACAUUGGAGGGUCUCUUAGUCACGAAUGGCACUAUUUGCAUCCCACAGGGGGGGACACAGUAUUCACGUGUACCAAUUGUGGCAAUGUUUCCAAUGUAGAGAAGACAUUAAGUUAUGCUGAAGUUACAGAAGAAUCAGCAAAAACAACUGAAGUAGGAGUCAAGUAUUUUAUAACCAAGGAUGAUAAGACUUUGGUUUGUGUUUAUUAUUCUCUUCAGAGACAAUUACAAGAGUCUUUUGUUGCCUUGGAGGUUCCAGAUAUCGACUUGUCUAAUCGGUUAUCCCAAGAAGAGAUUCUUGCCAUAUUCAGUGACAAAGACCAGUUAAUUGAUAAACGGAUUGUGCGAUUGAUGGAUGCCAGGUUGAAUCAUCGUUCGCCGUUACCUGAUUUCCCCGUGCCGUUCAUUAGUCGGUCUUUGAUCAGUACCUUAUUCGAUGUGCCAUUAGUUAGUGCAGAAGAAGGUGAGAUUUGUGCUGUAUGUGAUGAAGGGACGUUGCAGCCUGCCAAGGCCAUUGAGAUUGGCCAUACGUUUUAUUUGGGCGAUAAGUACUCUUCUUCCCUCGGGCUUACUAUCGACUCCAAGAGUGUUCAGAUGGGAUGUUAUGGCAUUGGGCUACUGAGAAUCGUUGCCGCACUUGGAGAGAUACAUCGUGAUGGUAAAGGCUUGAGAUGGCCCCGGGUCACAGCUCCAUGGGAUGCCACAUUAAUUGACAUUAGAAAGAACGUUGGAGGCGACCAUUACAGUGAGAACCAUGAUGUGGUACAAUUGUGCAAACAAUUAGAGAGUAAUGGUAUCGACUACAGACUAGAUGAUCGUUCCAAGUACCGUUUGGGAAGUAAAGUUCACCAUUCUAAUUUGGUAGGCAUACCCUUGGUGAUUAUCUUAGGUAAGCGUUUCCCCCAAUACGUUGAAAUUGAAACAAGGUACACCACAAGCAUGGAACACUGGAAACACUUAUACGAACAUCAGCAUACUUUUCAUUGGGAAGUAGAACAAGAUGGUGAUGGUAAUGUGCACAAACAUACCGUAGCUUUGGAGGGUGCGAUUCAAGUAAUUGAAGCAUUAUUGGAAGACAUGUAA